AUGGCAACUGUUUUCAAGAAUGGGCGUUUCUUCGUGCCCUCAGCCUCAGACAAUGGCCAAGACUUCGUCGAAAGCAUGAUCAUUGAGGACGGCAAAAUCUCAUAUAUCGGCCCUCUAGAUGAGACAGCCACCCCAAAAGAUGCGACAGUCAUUGACCUACAAAACCGAACUGUGAUUCCUGGUUUUAUCGAUGCACAUAUACACAUCCUACAGUACGGCUUAUCCGUCCGCAAAGCUAACCUCACUGAAUGCACAUCCCUGGAACAAAUUCGCGAAACGAUCAAAUCCUACGCUGAGGCUCAUCCUUCGAUUCCUCGGAUCUUAUGCCGAGGCUGGAUUCAAAACUCCACAAAUGGAGUCGCACUAGCCAGCAUGCUGGAUGGUAUUGACCCACGCCCGAUCUUCGUCGAUGCCUUCGACCUCCACUCCGUGUGGUGCAGCUCAGCAGCCCUCGACGAAAUGAAGGCCCAUACUGCCCCCGACAUGCCAGGAGGAACCAUACACCGCGAUAAAAACGGGAAGGCCUCAGGCCUUCUUGAUGAAGCAGCCCUCGUGAACGUCUUCUGGCCCCAUCUAGAAAGGGUCACCUCCACAGCGGACAAACUAGACGCCGUAGACGCAGCCGUCAAGGCAUACACCGCAGCCGGAUACACCGGCCUGGUAGACAUGGCCAUGACCGAAGAAGCCUGGGAGAUCCUGAACCUCUACCGACAAGACCACACGAUCCCAUUCCACAUCGGCGCCCACUGGCUAGUCCCUUGGGAAGCAGACCAAAGCGCGAACUUGAAAUACGUUGACCAUGCAAUCGAACUCCACAAAAAAUACAACGAACCCGACUUCUGCGUCUUGGGGAUAAAAAUAGUCUGCGAUGGCGUCGUCGACGGCUGCACCGCCGCUCUCAUGCAACCAUACACAGGCAAAUCAGACCCCGUGGACCCAUUCUGGCCAGAUGACAACCUCCAAGAAGUUGUCCAGCGCGCCGACGCCGCCGGAAUCCAAUGCGCAUUCCAUGCAAUCGGCGAUCAAGCAAUCCACCAAGCAAUCAACAUCCUCUCGCGAGUCGGCACGCCAGGCGCACGACAUAGAAUCGAGCAUUUGGAAUUGACGACUUCGGAAGAUGCUAAGCGCCUCGGAGAACUUGGUAUCACCGCUUCGAUCCAGCCCGUUCAUUCUGAUCCUAUCCUUUUCAAGGCGUGGCCUGGUCUUGUUGGUAGUGACCGUUGUAAGCGUGCGUUUGCUUAUAAGGAGUUCUUGGAGGGUGGGGCUCCUAUUGCUAUUGGUACUGAUGCGCCUACGGCUCCUCAUAUGCCUUUCCCCAAUAUGUACAAUGCUACUACUAGGCGCUCGGCUAUAGAAACGGAGAGUGAUGCGACUGUUAAUCCGCAUUUCGGGCUUGGGUUGGUCGAGGCUGCUACGGCCGCCACUACUGGUGCGGCUUAUGCACGCUUUGCGGAAAGUUGGACUGGUAGUCUUAAGAAGGGUCUCUCUGCGGACUUCGUGGUUGUUGAUAUGCAGUGGGCACCGGAGACAUUGCUUGAGGCUAGGGUUUGUCAGACUUGGUAUCGGGGAAAAAAGGUCUUUGAUUCUGUUAUGAAUGAGGUCAGCCCCGAAGGAUCCGAAGGAUCAGCUAGAUACUCGCCUAUAUAA